UUGUACAACAACAUCAUCACAAAACAACUAUAUCAAAUAUCUCAUAUGCCUUCACAAUUCACAUGUAAAAAAUCAUCAAAAUCCAAAAUCUUCAAAAACUUUUCUUUUCUUUUCUUUUUUGGGGGGUUGAAAUAAUAUUAAUAUUCAUGGAUGAUUCAUUUGAUGAAGAUUGUGAUUAUCUUUUCAAGGCAGUUUUGAUUGGAGACUCAGCAGUUGGAAAAUCAAAUCUUCUUUCAAGAUUUUCCAAAAAUGAAUUUAGAUUAGACUCUAAACCAACCAUUGGAGUUGAAUUUGCUUACAGAAAUAUUAGAGUUUCUGAUAAUAAACUCAUCAAGGCUCAAAUUUGGGACACUGCUGGCCAAGAAAGAUUUAGAGCAAUUACGAGUUCAUACUACCGUGGAGCACUAGGUGCACUAUUAGUGUACGACAUAACACGACACAAAACAUUCGAAAAUGUAAAGAAAUGGUUGAAAGAACUAAGGGAGUUUGGAAACGCGGAUAUGGUUGUUGUUCUGGUUGGUAACAAAUCUGAUUUAGGUCAAUCGUCGAGAGAAGUUAACGAAGAAGAAGGAAAGAGUUUGGCCGAGGCGGAAGGUUUGUGUUUCAUGGAAACUUCAGCUUUGGAAAAUGUUAAUGUUGAGGAAGCUUUUCUGAAUAUGAUUACCAAAAUACAUGAAAUUACAAUAAUUCAAAAGAAUUUACAAGCUAAACCAUUAGUGGUUAAUGGUCAAUACCAAACAACAACAACAACAAGUAGUCUCAACUCAGCCAAACAAAUUAUUCAUAUUGAUAGUGAUCAUGAAGUAUCUGCUACCAAACACUCUGGUUAUUGUUGCUCCAAUUGAUUUUAUUUUAUUUUUAAUAUUUUGUGUUUUAUUGUAUAGAAUGAAAUUGAAGAUUAUUGUAUUGUAUGAUUGAGUUCCUAACUAUAUUGAAUUUUGAUUUUUCUCUA